GGCUCUGAUAUUUUACUUGAAUGUUCAAUUGCUCAAACUGAUUCUCCAUUUCAAAUUCAAUGGUAUACAAAAGACAGGAUUAUGGACAAAGAAAAAGAUGAUGAUAUUGUUCCUGGGUUUUCUGGACGUUACAAGUUAUUGAAAGAAUCAAAUGAUGAAUUAAACUUGGCUAUCUCAAAUUUGACUCUUGAUGAUGAUGGAAAAUUUCAAUGUCAAGUUAUUGGGCCAAAUGGAGUAUUUUUGCGUUCGCAUGAUUUUGUUGAAGUUUUGGUCCCACCUCGAACUGUUCGUUUCGAAAAUUUUCAAUCUGGACAAACUCUAAUAGUCAAUGAAGGCUCACAAAUUAAUUUAACUUGUAUUUCUGAACAAUCAAAACCUCAGGCUGAUUUAAAUAUUUUUUUGAAUGGAAAGAAGGCAACAGAAAAUAUUUUUAGAAAUUUUAUUUUAUUAAAAAAUGGAACAAUUAAUACAUUUGCAAGUCUUGUUUUGAGGCCAGGUAAAAUUCAUCAUAAUAUUGUCAUUUCCUGUGAAGCAACUCAUUCUGAAACGUCUACGAAAAUGAGGGAUUUUAUUACUUUGGAUGUUUAUUAUUCUUCUGAUCGCCCAAAAAUUGAUUUAAUUGGAGGAACAAAUGGUGGUGAUACUCCUCUUUUAGCUGGCCAAAAUAUAACUUUAUUGUGUAUUGCUGAAGGGGGUAAUCCUCCACCACAAUUGCUUUGGUCUAAUAAUCAAAAAGGACAAUUAAAUUCAACUUUUGUUUAUGAUGAGUCUAGUCAGAUAACUCAAAACGAGCUUUCUUUUAUUCUUUCUGGUGCUGAUAAUGACGUAACUUUUGAAUGUACUAGUCAAUCACAUUCCAACAUGACACCUUUAAUUAAUCGAAUUACGCUACAUGUUGAUUACCCUCCCGCAAAUGUUUUUCUUUAUGGAAGUACUGUUGUUCGAAAAGGCGAAGCUUUAACAAUGUCUUGUACUUCAAGUGUCUCUUCUCCAGCAGCAACAAUUACUUGGCAAAUAAAUGGGUCACCUACUCAAAAACAAAUACAACAUAAAACUAAACAAUUACAGGGAUUUGUAACUCAAUCAAAUAUUACAAUUGAUUCAACGAUGCUUUUACAUGGACAAAAUGAAAUUUUGGUGGCUUGUAUUGCUAGUAAUGGUGUUGAACUUCCCGUGCAAAAAUCUCAUAUAAUUCGAGUUUUAUCGCCACCUUCACAUCCUGUCAUUUCUGAAAGUGAAACAAAUACUGUGCCUUUAGAGGGUGUUUUAUACAAUUUAACAUGCGAGUCUCAGGGAGGUCACCCAUUUGCUACAAUUUCUUGGUUUCGUGGAGUUGAGAAGUUAAAAGAAACUGAAAAUACGUUAAAUGGCGAUAGCUCAAUUAGUACCUUAACACUUUUACUUGAUAGAGCAAUGAAUGGUCAACAAAUUCGUUGUGAAGCUGAAAAUGGUGCUACUGAUUUACCUCUUAUUGCUAAAAAGAAUUUGGUUGUUUUGUUUCCACCAAUUCAAGUUCGAGUUAAGCCUACAAGAAAUGUUCAUAUGAUUGCCAAUUCCCCAACAGAAUUAUCUUGUACAAUUCCCUCCUCGAAUCCUAUGGCUGAAUUAAGUUGGGAAUUUCCAAAUACUGUGGAUAAGCAAUUGACAAUAUCAAGGAAUGGUGAACAAAUUAGAAAAUCGAGCAAACCUGUUGGAGAAUAUCACGGCUAUGAAGCAGAAAAUAUUAUCCAAUUUACUCCGACUGAAGCAAUGGAUGGGGCUGAAGUUCGUUGUAUUGCUUCACAUCAUUUAUGGAAUGAGAAGAAAUAUGGAACUUUUGCUUUGGAUAUUAAAUAUCCUCCUCGUAUUCCAAUUGAAGGUCAAAUGUCAAUACUUGUUAGAGAGGGACAAUCCUUUGAAGAAAAUGUAACAAUUUAUGCAAAUCCUCGAGUUAAUGCUUAUGCUUGGCGCAAGGAUGGAUUUACUAUAGAUCGUUCUAUUGGGACUAUCUUUGUUAGACAAUCAGUUAUUGGAGGUAUUGGUGUCACAAAAGAAGAUACUGGUAUUUAUACUUUAUUGGUUUCAAAUGGUGUAGGGACAGCAAAUGCUACAAUUUCUUUAGUUGUUGAAUAUGCAGCAAGAAUUGUUCGAAUAAAUAAUCCUGUUAUUGCUAGUAUUGGUGAAGAUAUUGUUUUGGAAUGUGAAGUAGAUGGAAACCCAUUAAAACUUGGAAUGAUUAGAUGGUUUAGAGGACAAGAAGAAGUCAAACCUUUUCUUUUGGAACAACACCGCUCUGUUUUGAGAAUAAUUGCGACACAUGAAAAUAGUGGGGCUUAUACAUGUCUUGUAGAUAAUGGAAUUGGAAAGCCAAAUUCUUCUAUUGCUUACCUUUUGGUUCGUCGUGCACCCGAAAUUGUUAAAAGGCCUGGAUUUAAUCGUGCCGCUGGUCCACUUGGUGGAAAAGCAACACUUCGUUGUCGUGCUAGUGCUGUUCCAAAUGCAGAAUUUAACUGGGGUAUUGAAGAUGAAGGACAUAUGAUUCAUCAUAAUACAACAAAAUAUCGCUUUUUUGACACUCAAUUGGAUCACACAACUUUUCAGAGUACUUUGACAAUUUUAAAUUUGGAUGAAAGGGACUACAAUCGUCGUUAUAGGUGCCGAGCUUUCAACCGCCUCGGACAUGCCCACUCAUUUAUUUCUGUUGGUCCACCAAGCGCACCUGAACAACCUUCUGAAAUUGAAAUUAUUAAUAUAACAAAUACGUCUGCUUCAAUUUCAUGGAUCCCAGGAUUUGAUGGAGGCUCUGACCAAUUAUUUGAAUUAAUAUAUCAAGAUAUGGAUGAAAAUCAAUUAUUUACAUUAAAUACAAGCCUUUCAAAUAUUAUAUUAACCGAUCUGAAAACAAAGCAUGGUUAUUCUCUUCAAAUUAGAGCAAUAAAUGCGAGAGGUGAUAUUUCUGACUUGAUUCAACCUUUAAUGUUUCACACAUUGGAAGAAAUGCCUCAAAAUAAUGGUGGAAUUGGUGAUAAUAUGCUUUUAAAGAAAAGACCAAUAAGUCAUUCAACAAUAAUUGCUUUAAUUUUUGGCCUUUUGGGACUUUUAUUGCUCAAUAUUAUUUUAAUUUGUUAUUUAAAUCGAAGAAAUAAGCGGCGUAAAAUAUUAGCAAGAAAUUCACAACAACAACAAAAUGGUUCUUCCUCAACAGGAAGUGGAGGUAGUGGAAGAACAAUUCAAAUUUAUGGAACAAUGAAUGCCUUACAAAAUAAUUUUCAACAUCAUCAACCUCAAAUAAUCCAACCACAACAGAAUGUAAGGAAUGGAUCUAUUUGCAACCAUUCAGAUGUUCAAAUUGUACAGCAAGAUCAAUCUUUUAUUGAAGAUACACAAUCUGCUCAAACGGUGAUUGAAGUACCUUCUACUUAUUAUUCAAAUGGAGGAAAUGCUCUUAUCCAUCACGACCUUCAACAACAACAUUUUUACAAUCAAAAUAAUUGUGUUAUUUCUGAGGAUCCUCUAGCCGACCAUUAUGCCAGAUUUCAAAGGCAGGACAUUCAAAAUGUUAAUUUUAACAAUCAAAAUGGUAUGGUCAACUUUUCAUCAGUGGGCCCUGUUUUUGAUAAAAAUUUGAGUUAUCAAGCAUUGCCUAAUCCGGACCCUUAUCCUUACAAUAAUGGUACUAUUGAUGGACGUCAUUAUUCUGGUUAUGUUCCUUCAGGCGUUAGUUAUGCUGCAAAUACAACAACAACAGAUUCAUUUAAUAAUAAUAUUAACGGACCAUGUAAUAGCACUAACAAUAGUUUACAAAGGAGGGCAACAACAUUAAUGAGGACAUUUCAAGAUUACAAUAAUGGAGGGGUUGUAAAUUAUGAUACUUCUUCAACUGUUAAAGGAAGUAAAGGAGCUGGGUCAAGAUCAAUAAUUUCUGGAAGGGAUUCGAUUCGUGGUGGGGGAAGUGCUGGGGGAGGAGAAUUUCUUUAA